CAACAAAGAAUUCUUGCACGAGACAACACACACGAGAAACACAGUAAAAAUAAUCAGGUGUGGAAGGAAAAAAUCGCAGCAGACAGAAAUCGAAAGGAAAAUCUCGCUUUUCCGCCAUUUGCUUCUGCUGUUAAUUCUUCGAGAUCGGGCGCACGACCGUGCAAACACUACGAGACACGGGGAACAAUACCAGCCAUCCUUUGGUAGCCGCACUACGCAACACAUACCGAUCCACAAUGUCCGGAGUGAAUUUAACACGCAACGAAGUGAUACAGGUUGCGCUGCGUAUCUCGCUGCUAUCAAUCGUCACGUACUACUCGGCCAAAUGGUUGAUCCGCAACCUGGACCCGUCCAACAAGAGCAAAAAGAAAGCCAUCGAACAUGCGGAGGAGAUUUUGAGGAAGUUGAGUCCGACGAUGAAAAAAUCUGCACUACAGAACUUGAACGAGUAUGAGAUGGUCAUUGCAUCGCAUCUAGUAGUGCCGGAGAACAUUACGGAAAGCUGGGACAGCAUUGCCGGGCUGGACGAUGUGUGCCAAGAAAUUAAGGAAAGUCUCGUGUUUCCGGUGUGCCACCGGGACAUGUUUGCCGGAUCGGCUCUCUACCAGCCUCCAAAAGGCGUGCUACUUUACGGACCACCUGGUUGCGGUAAAACGCUGAUUGCCAAGGCAACGGCAAAGGAGGCCGGUAUGCGCUUUAUCAAUCUCGAUGUUGCCAUGCUGACGGACAAGUGGUACGGCGAGUCGCAGAAGCUUGCCUCGGCCGUGUUUACACUGGCCGUUAAAAUUCAACCGUGCAUCAUCUUCAUCGACGAGAUCGAUUCGUUCCUGCGUGCCAGAAACUCGUCCGAUCACGAAGCGACAGCCAUGAUGAAAACGCAGUUCAUGAUGCUUUGGGACGGGCUGAACACCGAGUCCGACUCCACGAUCAUCGUGAUGGGUGCGACCAACCGGCCCCAAGAUCUCGACAAAGCCAUCCUGCGCCGUAUGCCGGCCCAAUUCCACAUCGGUCUACCGAGCGAGGAACAGAGGCAGAAAAUUUUGCGACUAAUCUUGCAGCACGAAAAGGUUGCACCGGAGGUGGACUACCCACAGCUGGCGCGCAUGACCGCCGGAUACUCCGGUUCGGACCUGAAAGAGAUCUGUCGCAAUGCUUCGGUGCACCGUGUGCGCAAGGUGAUGAAAAACAAGGAAAUUAUGAGUGCGGUACGUGCGGCGGCAAACAAGGCACAGGAAGAACGAAUGCACGGUGGCGGUAGUUCGCUGCCGAACGGAUGCAACGGGGUGUCACAGAAUGGUGGACUAGAGUUCGGAACGCCUUCCAUUACGAUGGAGGACUUGGUGGAGUCAUUGCGUAGUAUGAAGCACUCCAAGUAUACGACCGGAGUGUUGAAUGACGCUCGGAUCGAUUUGGAUUAAAGUGUGACUUUAGAGAACGAGCGGGAUCGGAGAUAGAUUAAGCUAAUCCCAGAUGCGCAGCAUGAUAGGGCACGAGCGGGGAAAAAUGGGGACAGGAAUGAGGGGGUUCUACCAGCAGUAGAUAAGCACAGUUAAUAGCUUCCCAGUGAUCUUUUCCGGGUGUUCCGAUACCUAUGACCGCUUCAGUACGCCUAAAUACUAAAUUCUCAGUUGUUAUCGUGGAUGUGAGAUGAUUGUCGAAUAAGCGGGGCAGAAAGUUUGGCCGAUGUGUCCUCUGUGGCUAUUUCCAGUACAGUUAAUGUGAGGUGUACCACUUUUAAGCGCGAUAAGUGAUUCGGUGCAAAAAAAAAAAAAAUGAUGACGAAUGGCAGCGCGCGUUCGUGUGUGUGUGUGAGUUGUGUCACUUUAUCUUGUAUUUAUCCUUAAUAGGAAAUGUUGAAUUUACGAUUGUUGUUCACGCAUUAUUGACUGUAACGAUGCAAAAACGCAUUAGUAUAUGAUGAAAUACAAGAGCCGUAGCACAUAGUAGAAUGGGAUAGAACUUUAGAUAUAGUACGCUGCACCAAAAUCGCUUCACCAGUAAGAAGUAGUAGGAUGCGUUUACGUAGUUUACGUGCUUGAAGGGAAUGCCACACGAGCUGUUUAGGAGGAUGAUAACAAGCGUUGUUUUAUCGUUUUGUUUUUAUAGCCCGGCGUUUUUCAGUAACUGAAAGAGCAAACGCGAGAGUGUGUGAGCAUGUUUGUGUGUGUGUGUGUGUGAGUUUUAUUUUUUUUCUCGCUUCGUCCUUUAUCUCGAUCGGGCGAUCGGCGAUUCCGUUUGGUGGCAUCUUAAACCGUAGGUUACCGGUAAGUUGUAAUUGGAGGAACGAACCAAUUGUAGAUACGUUCAGUUUAAGGCGUGAUGGCGUGUAGAAAGGAGUACAAUAUUUAAAAAAAGCUGAAUAAAAAAUUAAUUUGAACUUAA